AUGUUUUUAGUUGUUCCAACAGCUAAGAUACUGGGAAGUAACAAGCAUAUUAUAACUAGGGAGGGGGAGAGAAUGGAACUAAGAUGUCAGGUUACUGGAUUCCCUCUUCCUACUGUUUCUUGGCAUUUAAAGGAUCGGCAAGAAAUAUUAACGGAUCGACAAACCAUAAUCAUUGACUUUCUGAGAUACGACAAUGCUGGAGAGUACGAAUGCCGCGCAGUCAAUUCCGAGGGAAGAGCAAGAGACGUCGUCUUUGUUGAUGUUCAAUAUAAACCUCGAACUAAGUAUUGGUUCCCCCUGUAUCUAGAUAAACCUCGAACUAAGUUAACAAAGAAGAGUGCUGUAUCCUCCGGAGGAUCAAUGGAUAGAAGGGAAACUUUCUUCUCAUGUACCGUAGAAGCCAAUCCACAGGCAAAGGUAACCUGGUUUAAGAACAACUACGAGGUGUAUCAGCAAGAUACAAGGAAACUUCAGGGAUUGAGAAAUGAAGGGAGUGAUCUGAAAAAUCAUGUUCUAAAAAUCAAAAGUUUGGAGGAGACAGAUUAUGGAAACUAUUCCUGUGUUGCAACAAACCCAUUAGGUUCCUCAACCAGCUCAUAUCAUCUUACAGGAAGCCCUGACCAACCGAUCACACUGAGCCCAGGACAUAGUAGAUUCAGUCUGAGCUACACCUUGGUUUGGAAAGUUUGGACUCCUCACACUUUUCCUAUUCUCAACCAGUCAAUACUCUACAGGAUGAUUGGAAAGGCUUCAGGACGAGCUGUGACUGAAGCUGAAGGCACUUGGCAUAAUCUGGCACUUAUUACGGAGAAAACUCGCUUAUUCCAGGACACCUACAGUAUGGAGUUGAGUGGACUGACUGGGGAUUGUGAAUACGAAGUUAGAAUACGAGCAAUGAAUAGUCAAGGAUGGAGUCCUCUUAGUUCAUCUUUCAUCUUUAGAACUUCAGGUAUAAUAUACCGACCUCUUCCUUCUGUAUACUCUGAAGGUCAACUAUCCUCUGCAGCUGGCAGGGUCAGCUCAGUGUUCACCUGUUUGACCUUCAUCCUGCAGCUGGUUUGUGUCAUCUUUUAUUAAGUUCUGUAAAUAAUGAUAUCAAAUAAAUUCUUGUUUUUUUAA